ACGUCAUCCUCGGGGCUACUUGACGACGCAUCGGCUGCCGUCACACGACAGUUUCGCGUGUUGUGUCUAUAUACUGUCAGGAAAAUGUCGUCGGAUAGCGAUUCUGAUUCGGAUAGCAUUGAAGAAUUUCAGAUAAAGCGUUAUUUGAACAGAGAUUUUGGACAGGGUAUUAGACAGGCGAAAAAUCUACAAAACAACUACAGCGGAAUAAAGAAACAACCCGGGUUUUAUGAAUUACGGGAUCGCAAGCAGAAAUCACUGGAUGAGAAAACGUACAGUGGAAAUCAUUGGGAUGUCGAGGGGAUGGCUCCUAUGGCCAGAGCGACUCGACGCCUGACACUUCAUCAUAUUAACGCCGAGGUUGACAAGGAGAAAGACAGGAAGGUUCAUUUUGAGGAAACUGAGAAGUUAAUGGCAAGUGAAGCACUUAGUCCCAUGAACAAAGAAUUCGAUGAUACCAUGAAAUUCAGCGGGAAAAAGAUGAAAACGGAAACAGCAUCUGUGAAAAACCACCAGGCAAAGGUCAAAGAUGACAUGCAGCUUCAGCUUCUGAACUACACGCACGCUGGUCUGGUUGCCAUGGAAACAGAAGAAGAGCGUUUUCAUCAGAUUAAAUUGCUUCGAGCGAUGUUAAGCAACGUUGAUAAGUCUCCAAGUGUUGAAGAUUUAGUCGACGCUAUGUCUGAAACGAAUCAGAAGAGGACCUACAUCAAUCGUGAUCUGGAAGAAGCGUUCGGAAGGCUUGUCGACGACGAAAAGUGUUUGGAUGAUGAUUACCGGGGAGCCAUGAUGGAGAUGCUGGAUGAAUCUCUUAUCAGGAUUGUUUUAAAUAUGGAUAGAGAUGUGACGAAGAAGCUGUUUGAGGAUGAACAGAAGGAACGUGUGAUGGAACAGAAUAACCUGCUAAAAGACAAGGAAAGAGCCAAAGCAAUUCAAAAUUUUGAUAAGGUCCUGGACAACAUGAGAAGGAUGUAUCAACAAGUAUUAGAGGAGGAAGAAAGGAUAGAAGAAAGCUACAAGGAGAAAGUUAGAGAACUAAAGUCUAGAGUAGAGGAAGAGCUUGUUAGGAAAAUUGCUGCAAAAUGGGUUGAGAAAGCAUGCGCAGAUGAAAAAACGCGUCGGAUACAAGAAUGCGAAAACGUCGAUCGAGAGAAAAACGUGGCUUGGGAGUCUAUGAAGAAUCUGAUGAGUAGGGUUCAGAGGCAGAUGAUUCUAUCAAAAUUUGACGGAAAAUGGGUCGAUUUUAAAGAAGAGGCCAGAAAGGAGAAAGCAAAGAUAAUUGAGUUGCUUCCGGAAACUAAUCAGGACAGGAAAAUGCGAGAAAUGAGAACAAGGUCACGCCGGCCAUCGUGUGUCGUGAGGGGUGAUGAAGAUUGAUAUCUUUCUGUGGUAAAAAGGUAUUCUAAUAAGCGAACAUUUGUAUCUACCAAGAUUAGUAAUCCUUUUGAUAUUAUUUCUACGGAAAACUUCAAGCUGAUUAUGUCUUUGAUAACACGCACAUAAAUAAACUGCUUUACGUAAAUAGUAA